CUACACGUGGGUGCUCGAGCAAUCUCCCAACUCAUCUCUGUCUUCAUAGUUUACAGUCCUACUGAAUGCGUCGAGUGUCACACGGAAUGCGGCGCGCCAACACAUCGACGAUGAUAAGCCAAUCAGAGCUAUGCUUAACCCCAUUUAUCAACUCAUGAUGAUAAGACCUUUCGUCUUUGCAAAAGGUUGUUAACUAAUAUUAAUAACAUGAUCCAUUUUAUCAUUUGAAUGCCGCCAAGUGAUUGGCUUUCCUCGUUCGGAGUGAACCAAUGGAAGGUUUCCAAUAGUGGAAACUGCCAAUCGUGUUUGAAUCUAAAAAUUCAAAAUGGCCGAUAAAGCUUGGAGUCAAGUUUAAUUGGAGUUACCUUUCGCCUCAUAAACUGUGAAAAACGACGCUUGCCACGCGAUUUUAGAGCGGGAAUGGCAGAAGAAUUGAAAAGUGCGAAAAUGACAGUUCUUGCCUUGUUGCACCGAAAUGUGACGAAAAAUGUGGCCGUACCAUUAGAGGAGAUAAACAGUAACGUGACAAUUUUUGAUACUUUAGUAAAAAUGACGGAAGAGUCGCUUAAAUCUAUGGACACCAGCGGUGCAGCAGUGUGCACAGUGUUGCUCGUUAUUGCCGUGGUCACAAGUAUGCUGCUCAAGCUUAGAAAAAGGUAUGAUCCCGUUAUUGAAUGCUGCGAAGGUAACGAUAUGAAGAGGGAUUUCAGUAUUGCAUCAAUGAAUAAAGGCGACGUUAUCCUCAACCACAAGAAAUUGUUAAAUGACUUACAAAUUGCCUCGGAUAGAUGUCAUAAGACUCAGUACGCGCUCAAGUGUAUUGAAUUGGUUACUUAUUGUCCAUACCUCGUCAAUGCAAGGUGCGCUCUAAAUGGCCUAACUCCGUUUCAGCGUGUUUGCUACAACGGUCAUACGUGCCUAGUGGAGUACAUGCUAGCAAAAGGUGCCAAUCCCUUCCAAAAAACACGAGCAGGAGAGGAUGCUCUUUGUGUGGCAUUGCAUUACUACAUAAAUAAUCCCAGGGUGAAAGAUCUUUCUUGCCUUGAUUUACUUUAUCAAGCAGGAUGUAGGCUGGAUUGCAACGACAAAUGGUUUAAUGUAUUUCUAAAGAAAGCUAUGAAGACAUGCAAUGGCCACCUUAUCGAAUGGUUGUUGGAUCAUACACAAUCAAAAAGACUUAAUAAUUUAAGAUCCUCUUCUCUUCCGCCAAUGCUCAUGAGGAAUAACUCAACCUGUGUUAAAAAAUAAGCUCUAGUAUUUAAGACGGCGAUUCUAUAUUUUUAUACCAUCGUAAAAAGUGUAUAUUGUAUAUACUCGACAUUUAUAGUUAUAACAGAGCAAAAGCAUUUUAGGAUGCCUAAAAACAGGGCACUGCCAAGGUACCAUAAAUCAAAUCAAAAGACAAUGUAUCGACGUCAUUGACGUCGAUUAUGAAAUUAGAAGUUCAAAGGAAAAUCAAUUAUAGCGAAUGGUGAAUAGUGGGCCAAAGAAUUGAUGCGAAGAUGAAUUCUUUGUUUUUAGUCAUAUAUCUUGAUAAGUAUAUGCAAUACUUAAACUGCAAUAUUUUAAGAAUAUAGUAAAAAGUAGGAAAAAUCAUUGAUCUCACCAGUACGUCAAUUAUCUUUCGAUCAAGUACUUAGGAACAAGUUAGUAGAGAGAUCGUUCUUUAAAUGCAAUUUCACGAAGAUUCGGGUGAUAAUUUUAUAAGAUUGUAACUGUGUUCACUUUUAAGUGCCGAAAAAGACAAUCGUAGUUUGUAAUGCGAUAUAUUACAAGAAUAAAAUAGUAUAGAAUUUAUACCGUAA